UUUAGUUGAUCAUUCACUCACCAUAAAGUCGCUGCAUUAGUAGCGACGAGAGGCUGCUGAACAAACCAGAACCGUCUCAGUCCGGAUUUCACUGACACACAGCUUUGAUGUAGCUUCUGCUGCCCUGUGGGAACUGGGUGGACAGCGGAAUGGAACAGAAACAUGGCACAUUAUAACCAACCACCGUCCCCUACGACCAGCGAUGUGAAUCUGGGAGCUUCAGCCAAUCCUCAUGCCAAACCCACUGACUUUGAUUUCCUUGCUGUGAUUGGGAAAGGAACCUUUGGAAAAGUGCUCCUGGCCAAACUCAAAGCGGAUGGAAAAUUUUAUGCCGUGAAAGUUCUUCAGAAAAAAGUCAUCUUGAAGAAAAAAGAGCAAAAGAAUAUAAUGGCAGAGAGGAACGUGCUGCUGAAGAGCCUGAAGCAUCCGUUCCUGGUGGGCCUCCACUACUCAUUUCAAACCUCAGAGAAGCUUUAUUUCGUCCUCGACUACGUCAAUGGAGGAGAGUUAUUCUUCCAUCUUCAAAGAGAGCGAUGUUUCUCAGAAGCACGAGCCCGCUUCUACAUCGCUGAGGUGGCCAGUGCAAUCGGCUACCUCCAUUCCCUCAAUAUCAUUUACAGGGAUUUGAAACCAGAAAACAUUCUAUUAGAUGCUCAGGGUCAUGUGGUUCUGACUGAUUUUGGCUUGUGUAAAGAAGGAUUAGAACCAGAAGCCACCACUUCAACAUUUUGCGGAACGCCUGAGUACCUGGCCCCGGAGGUGCUUCGGAAAGAGCCAUAUGACCGCACGGUGGACUGGUGGUGCCUAGGAGCGGUGCUGUAUGAAAUGCUCUUCAGCUUACCUCCAUUCUACCGCCGAGAUGUAGCUGAGAUGUAUGAUGCCAUCUUAUACAAGCCCCUGCAGAUGCCUCCUGGUAAAUCUGAUGCGGUGUGUCACCUGCUGCAUGGGCUUCUGCAGAAAGACCAGCAUCGGCGAUUAGGGGCCAUCGCUGACUUUCUGGAGAUUAAAAAUCAUGUGUUCUUCAGCCCCAUUAACUGGGAUGACCUCUACCACAAGCGCAUCACUCCACCAUACAACCCAAAUGUGAGAGGUCCAGCUGACCUACAGCACAUUGACCCAGAGUUCACCAGAGAGGUGGUGCCAAACUCUGUGGGCCGCACUCCAGAGCUGACCCCCAGCCUGGCCACCAGCAGCUCCAACGCCUUCAGUGGCUUCUCCUACGUCUCCAGCGACAACAGCUUCCUCUGAGCCUCUCUGUGAAGGCCGCUCAGGUGCCUUCCUGCACUGACUGCAGUCUCUCCACUGCCUUAUUGAACCACAGAGCACAAAGCCAAACAAGCAGAAUAUUGUAGUUUUCUGUGCCCUUUACUAGCAUAAACCACUGAUGGGCUACGAAGGCAUAUACAGCUGGGAAACAUAAUAUAGCACUCCUUCAAGCUUUUUUCCAUUGUGGUAUUUGAACAUAGGCAUUUACAGUGUGCAAUGCCAAUGGGAGGGCCAAUUGGGGAAAUAGCAACAAAAUGUCCAUUAAAAAAGUAGAGUUCAGAUAGUUGUAUACAAAAGUUUGGCCAAAUUACUUGUUGUGUUGAUUUUCUAAGUGAAAAUAAGUUGACACCUCAUCUACACUACUGCAUAUUGUGGUGCAUAAUUAAUGUUUAUUUGCUGAAUAUGACAUAUUGGAGAAAAAAUAAAACAGAAUGUGGCCCGUGCAAAAGUUACAGCACAUUUUAGAUUUUAUGGUUUAUUUUUUUACCAAUUUGUUAAACUUUAAAGCACUAAAAUUUGCGGAAAUAUCCCAUAUUUAAGUUUGUUCCCUGUUCACUCAGAAAAUCAGCAAAACUUUUGCAUAUGACUGUAUAUAGUUUCUUUUUCCUUGACUAUGAAUUUUAGUGCAUAUGGUUAACUCAAACCGUCCACCUGUCUGAUGUUUAUGCUCAUUCUUUACUCAGUUGUAAGAUGAAUCAUGUAUAAAUAAGUUGGACCUCUUGUUAUGUACACACUAAUAAUAGGCCCAAGCAUAAUUACUGUAAUUUGGAAAACAAUGUAGCAGUACGUGUACCUUUUAACAAAUAUACUGUUAUUUUCAAGGUUGCUCUUUGAUGCAUUCAAGCUUUCUUUUUAGAAAAAUGAUACAAUUAGUGACUAUAAUUCAAUGUUAAGUGAUUGCUGAGUAUUCUGAAGAACAUGGUAUACAUAUUUGAGCAUUUAAUUAAAAUGUUCAUUGGUUAGCA